GUCACAAUCUCAGAUAAAAUUGACAAUGAAUUUUACACCAAAAACCUAAUACCAACCGGUCUCGUUUUUCCCACCCACCAAGAAUAAUUUAAUGGACUCAUCUACAUCUAUAAUCGUUCACAAGUUUCCCACGGAUUUGGAUAGCGAAUCGAUGACGGUAACUGGAGAUAUCACAUCGAUUGCUACCUCUUUCAUCGAAAUCCCUCUACAAACGUCAAAACUCCAAGACCCCGAAUCCAUGUCCGUCACGAAGAGGCCCAAGACCGCUUCGGGAAGCAGCCAGAGCGUCUGCAGACGCUCCACCGCUAGCGCCAGGCCCUCUUCGACGCCCUAUUCCAAAGUUAAUAUACACGUGAUUUUGGAUAACGGCGUCAGCAGGCGCAACAUCACCACGUCCGUGGGGGACCUCAGCGCGACCUAUUUGGCCGCAGGCUCGCCGAAAACGUCGCAAUCCUCCCGGUUCCUCGAUUGGUUGAUGGGGUUGCUUUGGAAAUGCAGUUCGGGUUGCCAGGAUUUGCCCACUCAAUAGGUUGUUGGUGUUAUAAACGAGAAGCUUCAACGUAUUAUUGUGUUCUAAUAUUUUCUUAAACUUAAUAUAUAAAUGCUGUUGAUCGAUUUUCUUGUCGGGUUGAGUUUUGUGUUGCUGGUGACGGAGUUGUGAAGUUUUGAUUAUUGUGGAAUUUGAUCAUUAUGCUGUUAUGCAUAUAAUUAUUAAGUUGCUGUUGAGAGUUUUAAACAGUUUCGAGUUUAGAAGAUUUUGUUUUAGUGACAAACAAGUAGUUAAAUGAGGGAAGAAUGGAAUGAAAAAG